AUGACAAGCGCCUCCGUGAGACUCCAGAACGUCAACAUUGAGUCCAACAACUAUUCACGUUACGGUACCUCUGUCUACGAGAAGCUGUACCAUAAUAGAAACGGUAAUAGCAAUAAUGCCGGUAAAAACGUUGCUACGAUUUCCAAACUGCCAUCAAUCUCACAAAAGUCGAGGAACAAGCAAUACAAUAGUUCAAAUUGCUCCAGGUCGACGACUCAAUCGCCCAUAUCCACGUUAAAAUCUCCACUUUCUAACCAAAAUCAAGCUAGCGCUCCAGAUGAUCUGGGCUGUUCAGGCCAAAGACGCAGUGAUGAUGUUGCCUCUUUAGAUAACGAGACUAUUGUGACUAUGAACUCAAGAAAAUCCAGGAUUAAGAAGAAAUAUAAGUCUUUAAUUUCCACCUCGUCAAAGAAACUUAUGAACAAAUUGUACGACCAUGGUGCUUCAUCUGAUUCAUUCUCCAUUUUUUCUUUGAAAACGUCUCAUUCUGGUAAACAUGAAAAUUCCAGACAUGAAAAGCUAAGAAAAAGAAAAUACCAUGUUUUUGGCAAAUUUGCUGAUAUUAAUGAUUUGCCAAUAGAGUUAGUUGCUAAAAUACUUUCUGAAUUGGAAUUGGGACAUGAUCAAAAAACGCUGGUUAGAUGUCUUUAUGUUUCAAAAAAAUUCUACAAGGCGACCAAGAUCGUUCUGUAUGAACAGCCUUAUUUUACUUCCACUUAUAGAGUGGCACAGUUUGUCACCUCGCUAAGAUCGCACCCCGAAAAUGGUGCAUACGUAAGAGUAUUGGAUCUGUCACUUUUGAAACCAGGCAUAAUCGGUCAAGAUGCAAAGGAUUCUCAAGGUCUAGAUGAGGAUGGUCACUCGAGGCGCCAUAGACGCCACCGCCGCAGAUCCACUAACGCAAGCUUGAAUUUGCCUCCUACUACCCCGACUACUACUAUAUCCGACGACGACGAUGCUACUAACGCAUUAUUAAAGGACGACGUGUCAGGUACUGGUGGUUUUGAAGACUUGGCAUUAGCCGGUUGGAGAGAUUGGAGAUAUAGAAAUGAGCCGCUUUAUAGCUCUCCCUUGUUGAACAGCUUCAAAUUGAAAAAAGUCGUUUCUCGUUCUUCUUCCAUUACUUCCACGUCUUCUGGAAACUCUACCGGAGUGCAUUCCACAAGAAGACAACGUUCAAAUAGUUCGGUCGCUUCCAUUACGACCAGCAUUAUGUCGUCUAUUUACAAUACUUCCCACGUCUCACUUUCUUCGACAACCUCAAACAAUAGUAAUGGCUAUAUGUCUUCCGGGAGUAAUCUAUCGAGAGUCUCUACCGCUAGCUCACUAAAAAAGUCCUCUGUUAAAUCUAACAUGUCAUCUCCACAGAAGCCAAAACCGAUGUCUGACAUAACUUCGUCUUCAUGGUUUAGAAUGAAAUUGAGUUCUAGAAAUAGAAAGACAAGAACAUCAACUACAACAGCUGGUCUGAAAAACUCAAAGACUAAGACGGUUGAUGUUACAAAGCAAGAUUCGGAACACCCAUCUAGUUAUCGUCCUUCAAAGUUGAAAUUUAGUAUUGAACAACCAUUUAGCACUCACCAUCCAUAUGCCAACAAAUUUCUUUUGAAAUAUGCUCCUUACAGAGAUUUACCUUUAGGUUAUAUUCUACAUAUGUUGAAUUUAUGUCCUAAUCUUAACGAGUUGAACCUAUCAAAUUUGGUUAUUUGUACAGAUUUCAAGCUAAUUAACCAAAAAACCGAAAGAAGAAGACUAACUUCUUCAUUGUUACCUGCCGUUCAAGAGUCGAGUAUUUCUGCCGGUCCAGAAAGAGACUUGGAAAUCGUCUAUAUGACCGAUUCAGGCAAAGGCUACGAAUAUUAUGAGGGAUUGAAUAAGCGACAUUCACGUUCUUCAAGUUUAGGUACCAAUCCCACCAGUUGGAUUGCUGCACAGGCAAACUGGGGGGAUUAUCCGCCUCCUAUUGAUGCGCAAACUAAAACAAGAGAAGAACACAGGCGUAACUAUACUUUGAGCCCAAACAAAAAUGUCGAAUUACAGAAACUGAACCCGCUAGAGAUUUUUGAACUGAUUUGCAACAGAAACGAAAAGAAAAGCGGCUACAGCGCCUUGACCAAGGUGAAGAUGAACGGCAUUGUUUGGUGUAGGCAAUACAUGGUUAAGUAUUUCGUAUUAAAAACAUUCAGCCAGCAUUUGCAUUAUAAAUCUAUGGACAAUAAUUCCUAUGAACAUCACAUGUUCAGUUUCCGGGACUCAGGAUUGGAUAGAAACUUUUCCUGGGCUUGUGAUGCUAAAUUGCAUGAAUUUGUUGCCUUGAUGGUUAUGGAUCAUCUCUCCAAGCUGGACGACUUGGGUUUAGAAGAGCUUUUCAAUAUCAAAUCCGAAAAGCUAUAUAUUAAAGAUUACUGCUCUCGUGAUCCUGAUAUUCUCGAAAUAUCAAAUUUGUUUGAUAUACAGUAUGGCUUAAGAUCAGAAUCUGAUGCACCCUCAGAUUCCGAUUCCGUAACAGAAUCUUUGCAAUUUAGGCUGACCGUAUUAAAAUCUGGGAAACCAACAUCAUUUUGGCUUAGAAAAGUUUCCAAGAAUUAUGUUUCGCUGGUUGUUAAAUUAUGUGUUGACGACAACCUUGAUAUGGACAAAGCUGAAGUAGGAAAACCAACUUUGAGGAUAGAUAGCAUCACACAUGAUUUGAUCAGUAAAUUAAAGGAGUUGAGACGGGUUGAUUUGAGAAGAAAUGUUGGGGAGAAUAACUACUACGCCGAAAGUAUCAUUUAA